AUGGAAGGGGGGUGGCCUCUUAUGAGGAGUUUCUUCCUCUGCCUCACUGUCAGCCUUUUGCUUCAAGGAAGAGGUGACAGUUUCACCAUCAACUGCUCAGGGUUUGACCAGAAUGGGGUGGAUCCUGCUGCCUUCCAAGCAGUGUUUGAUAGAAAGGCCUUCCGUCCAGUUAUCAACUACAGCAUCCCCACUCAUGUCAACAUCUCCUUCACCCUUUCUGCUAUCCUAGAAGUGAAUGCACAGCUCCAGCUGCUGACGUCAUUCCUGUGGAUGGAUUUGGUGUGGGACAAUCCAUUCAUCAACUGGAACCCAAAAGAGUGUGUUGACAUCAAUAAACUUACCAUAUCAGCUGAAAAACUGUGGCUCCCGGACAUCUUCAUCAUGGAAUCCAUGGAUGUGGAUCAGACACCUCCAGGUCUCACUGUUUAUGUCAACAGUGAAGGCCGAAUUAAGUAUGACAAGCCAAUGAGGGUGACCAGCAUCUGUAACCUGGACAUCUUCUACUUCCCUUUUGACCAACAGAACUGUACCUUCACCUUCAGUUCUUUCCUCUACACUGUGGAUAGCAUGGUACUGGGCAUGGACAAGGAAGUAUGGGAGAUAACAGACACAUCUCGUAACAUCAUUCAGACCCAGGGGGAGUGGGAGCUCCUGGGCAUCAACAAAGCCACGCCAAAGAUGUUGGUGGGCAGCAACCUCUAUGACCAGAUCAUGUUCUAUGUGGCCAUCAGGCGUAGGCCCACUCUCUAUGUCAUAAACCUUCUGGUGCCCAGUGGCUUUCUGGUUGCCAUCGACACCCUCAGCUUCUACCUUCCGGCAGAAAGUGGGAAUCGUGCCCCAUUCAAGAUAACUCUCCUGCUGGGCUACAACGUCUUCUUGCUCAUGAUGAAUGACUUACUUCCUGCCAGUGGCACCCCCCUCAUCAGUGUCUACUUUGCCCUGUGCCUGUCCCUGAUGGUGGUCAGCCUGAUGGAGACCAUCUUCAUCACCUACCUGCUGCAGCUGGCUACUAGUGAGCCCCCUCCCAUGCCUCAGUGGCUCCACUCCCUGCUGCUGCACUGCACCAACCCAAGGAAAUGCUGCUCCACUGCAUCCCAAGAGGGAAAUAAAGUCCUGGGCGUCACCCCAACCCAAUUGCCUGACCUGAAGGAGCCAGUGGAGUUGGUAGGGAAGAUGCCCAGCUCUGGAGAGGCAGAGUUAAAUGGGUGUCCUGAAUCAACAAGGGCCCAGCAGGAGCAUGAAGUCCAGAAGCAGCACCUCGUUGGUCUGUGGGUGCAGUUCAGCCACAUGAUGGACACCCUGCUCUUCCGCCUUUACCUGCUCUUCCUGGCCUCCUCCAUCGUCACGGUCGUUGUCCUCUGGAACACCUAG